AUGACGUGGACAUUUUUAGAAUCUGCCUUACUAGUGAUAGCAUCUCUACACCUGAUUAAAGCCCCAUACACUAAAGUAGAAGAAAGUUUUAAUCUUCAAGCUAUUCAUGAUAUUAUUAACUACGGGGUAUUUGAUAUAUCUAAGUAUGAUCAUUUGCAAUUUCCGGGUGCAGUUCCCAGAACCUUUAUUGGUGCUCUGAUUGUUUCAGGAUGUUUAAAACCUUUCUUAUGGAUCUCCAGUUUAUGGAAUGGAUCAGAUGCUCUCCCAACUCAAUUGGAGACUCAGUUAUUGGCUAGAGGUGUAAUUGCUCUGAUAAAUUGUCUUUCUAUCAUAUACUUAAAGGAACAAUAUCAAGCACUUGUCGAUAGGGAGUCUGGUGCUGCAGAGGAUGAUGAAGGAAAUAAGAUUAACACACAUGUGAAGAAUGAUUUCUCUUUCACAAGUGCAGGUAACUGGUUUUUAUUGUUCUUCAUGUCUAGUUUCCAUAUGAUGUUCUAUUGUUCUAGACCAUUGCCUAAUUUUGUCGUUGCUUUCAGUUUAACUAAUUUGGCUUUGGCUAUGGUAUUAAAGGGUAAAUACGAAUGGUCUAUCGGUAUUCUUGCGUUUGCAUCUGUUGUUUUUAGAUUGGAAAUUGCUGCAUUGGGAGUUGGUAUUACAUUGUGCUGUAUCUAUUUCAAGAAAGUUUCAAUUUUUAAAGCUAUUAGAUUUGGUGUAAUGGGUCUAUCCUUAGGUAUAAGUUUAUCCCUGUUUGUCGAUUCAUACUUCUGGAAAAACUGGGGGAUCCCUGAAAUUGAUUCUUUUAUCUUUAAUGUUGUUGAAGGGAAUUCUUCCAAUUGGGGGACUGAAUCUUUCUUUGCGUACUUUAACAAAUAUGUUCCAAUGUUAUUCUUACCACCAACAGCGUUGAUAUUAAACUAUGCUGCAUUGAAAUUUGCACCAACCGAUUUAAAGAUUGUUGCCUUUGCAAGUUAUUUCCAUAUUUUAAUUUUAUCUUUACAACCUCAUAAAGAAUGGAGAUUUAUUGUUUACGCAGUACCAUCUAUCAUGCUAUUGGGUUCGUUGUCGGCUGCAUAUCUUUGGGAGAACGUUAAAGUUGAAAAUUUCAUGAAUGCGUUAUAUUUGAUUUCUUUACCAGCUACUCCAUUGAUUUCUUUUAUUCUUUCGAUGUUAUUCCUAUAUAUUUCUCGUAUGAAUUAUCCAGGUGGUGAUGCGUUGUUUUCUUUCAAUAAUUAUAUCAUCAAUCAUAAUGUAACGGAUGUCACAGUACAUAUCAGUGUUCCUCCAUGUAUGACUGGUGUUUCAUUGUUUGGUGAACUGGACUAUGAUAGAUAUGCUGUCACUUAUGAUAGAACUGAGAACAUUCAAUCGUUGACUUCCUUGUGGAAAACUUUUGAUUAUGCAAUUCUAUUGGAAUCUUCGAUGGAUUCAUUUCAGUUAGAUACAGCUAAGGAUAACGAAUGGGAGAUUAUUCAAACCACUCAAAUGUUUAUGGGUUUGAAUUAUACUUAUAUUAAUGAUUUGUUUUUUGAUGAAGAAAGAAAUAUUCCAGAGAUCUUUAGAGUAGCUUUUACUAAUAGAACUAUCGGUCCAUUCUUUACCGACUUAGUAGAAAACUCAAUUGUGAAAUCUGAUAUUUUCUACACUUACAAGAGAAUAAGUAAGGAUUGA